CAGUUGUGACGCGACAGUCUUCCCUCGUGGACGUGUUUGUUUUUGUGUGAGCUGUUCUCUUUUCGCGAUGCUGCGUCCCUGGAGAUGAUCUUUGUCGGUUCCUGUUUCCGUCUCGCUCGCUCUCUCCCCGUCUCCCUCCCGCUCGCACCAUGACGUCACCAGUUCUUCUUACGAUUGCUACUUGUAUUGGCUUCUUUCCUGGCGUGUUCAGCGAGCGGAGCAGUUCCGAGCGAGCGCCCGCCCCCCUCGAUGCGGUAGAUAUACUCCGAGACGCCCCCCUCUACCCUCCCCUUCGUGAUAACUAUGAAGAUAAUACACAAAACAACGAAAACAGCAACGAACUUAGUAAACAGGAACCAGAUACUAACCUGCCUUUCUUUGACACGGAAAACUCAAUUGAUGUUAGCGAUUACGACACAGAAACUAACAUCGAGGACGGUAAUGUGUUGGUUACACCUGGUGAUCCAAACGAUUAUGAUAAUAACAAAUUAGACAAUUUAUUUGAAACUGACUUCGUUAAAGACAAGAACACUAUUUUGUCGUCUGAUAAUAUAAUCGAGAAUGAAAUCUCUCUAGAAGAAGAAAACAAUUCAAAUAACUUACAACCAGAACAACUAAAGGAUUCUCAGAGCGGAUUUAUCGUGGCACCUGCCUCUGAUGUAGAUGAAUUAAAUAAGAUUUUAAUGGCAGAAGAAGCGCGGGUGGAGGCCGAGAAUAAAAGAUUUAUACUUCAAGAAUUAAACAGCAAUUACACCAACCCGCCUGUAACAUCUACUGAUACUUUAGGAGAUUCUGAAGAGAACGAUCGUAAGAAGCGCAGCAGUGGACAGGAAUGGGAUAAGCCGGCGAAGUCUCGCCGUGUGAAGACUGGAGACACGAUCUUGAACAUUCGUGGAGCUGUGAGGGAUGCCAUCGGUGAUGCUGGCGCUGCUCCAGGUCUUCGCGCUUCCUCUCGGGUGGACGCAUUCGUGAUACGACCGUCACCGGUCAUGAGAGAUGAACCCAGGGAACAGAUGAGAGAGAUGAGGAGGGAGAAGGUGCCACCGCCGCAGCCUCAGAAGCAAGAAAAGGAGUUGCUAGUAGAACCUCAUGCUCGAGCACGCAUUCUCUGCGACUUGGUCAAUGUUACCAACUUACGUUGGUACAAAGACAGUGAGUUAAUCAACCUGCCGUCAUCUCCCGGAGGCGGAGACGCGUGGCGCGACGGUGAUGCAGUGGAGAUCCCACGAGCAUCGCGAGGACACGCAGCACGCUGGAGGUGCGCCGCCCGCGACCGUUCGGGGCGGACCGUCACCGGUGAGCCGACGAGGCUACUCAUAUAUGAGCCGGUCCGCUCGGUUUACUUGGCGGUGGACGGCCGAAGACUCGACGCCGGUAACACGUGGGUACCUGUCAGAGAUAAGACCGUCUUGGAGGUGCGAUGUGUGGCUGAAGGUGGUGUUCCUCCUCCGGAGCUGUCGUGGCGUCUUCUAGCUUUGGAACCAGCCCUAGACCACAGACCAUAUCUCAGGAUACAUCCUACUAAUUACUCUAUUGAUGGCGUGUACUGGUCUCGUGUGGUGGUGACGGCGGCCAGGGAGCUUCACAACGCUACUCUCCAAUGUUCGUCUCGUCAGCGUCGCGCCGCCCCCUCCCCCGACAACCCUGGGGAGCGACCUCCAGACCACCUCACUGCUAAACUAGAGAUACACGUCACAUACCCGCCAUCUUUCGUAAUCUCUCGCUGGCCGGGUUUCGGUGUCGCACUGGUCGCUGGUGGGGCCGCGGCACUCCGUUGUGACGUAGACGCCAACCCUCCAGCCCGAGCCACAUGGAUGAAGGACACCGAACGCCCCUCCUCCAGUCCGCCCACUCCGUUAGAGUCGGGGGCGGCCGGAUCUCCUCUAAGCGCGGCGACCCUGCGCUGGUCUGUGUUGAGCGAGUCUCACGCGGGCUGGUACCGCUGUCGAGCCAAGUGGAUGGACACGGACUACUCCAGCAUCGGAUACUAUCUUAAUGUUAUGGCUGCAGCCGAAGAAGUUCCACAAACAGGUACAGAACCCGGAGCUGAUGAGGAGGUAGAACACCAGAAGGUCGAAGUGCAGGUCGGAGGGAGCGUUCAGUUACACUGUCCGAGAGGUACCGUCGGCUGUUGGUGGAGGAGGAUAGUUGGUAACGGCACAGACGCCUGGACACCUGCAGGCUCACAUCACGCACACGGAGUACUCGAUGAUACAGGUGUGAAGGAUGCUCUGUACGAAGAGGCCGGCGAGUAUCGCUGUAUAGGAGCGAGAGCUCCCGACAUGAAGGUGUUGAGAGAACUGAAGAGAGUCACGCUCAAAGUCACGGGGAGUGCGACGGCAACGGCUGUAAGUGCUGAAGCCACAUCUAACGGUUACCGUCUCGAGUGUGGCGCUUGCGGGCGCAAUUUACGCGUCUUGUGGCUCAGAGGUGGGGUGACGACGCCCGCCAUACUCACGCCGGGUUUGGCCCAGCAUUGUUGGAGGGCGGUCAUAUUGGUUCCCGAUCCGGAUGAGACGUGGUGUGUGGCGGUCACGUCCGUGGGAGGCGCCGUGGCAGUCUUCCCUCGCCGGUCGGUGCAGACGCCAGCAAGACACGCCGUCAGAGCUCUACAUUCGAAUGUCGACAGGAUCCAGACAAGCUUCGUCCUCUUGUGGGCUCUUGUGUUAUUGCACAAGUAAUUAUGGUUUUAUUAAGUGUAUGCAUAUUUUAUUAAACUUUUUAAAUAAUACUCAUUUAUACGAUCUUAUUUACUGCUCAAUCUGUUAAAACUUGAUCUCAUUUGUUUUUGUUAUUAAAGCUAUAAUGCAAAACUUGUUUGAUUACCAAAUAUUAACUCGUAUAUUUUUUGUUUAAUUUUUGUAAUUGGUCCUUGAAAUAAAUUUUACUAGGUAUAAUAUAUCCCUUUAUUAAUUCAUGUAUUUUACUGAGUUUUGUCUAAGCGUUUCUAGUUUGAAAAAGCCGAAAACAUCUCAACGAUCUCAAAAUACAACUUAUCAUGAUUGAUUAUGAAAUGUCUAAAAUAACUUUUUUACGAAUGUAAUGUUAGUCGGUUCAAGUUGUAUAACUGUUAAAGAACUACAGUAAAUUAGUCUUUAUAUGCAUACAAGUCCUAUCAUUUCGGGACUAAAAUCGCAUGUAACUAUUCUGUAGAUGUGUGUCAUUGUAUUUUAGCCUUCGUAGUGCUCCUAUAAUCAUAAUUUGUUGUACUCAUUAUCGUAGUGUACCUACAUAUCUCUCUUUCUUGGCACGUUCGCUGCAAAACAUUUCCCAACAUUAAAUUAAAUGUCCGCAUUUCUUUGUUUCUUCUCCUUCGUAUUUCAAACCUCCAACAACAUGUAUACAAUGGAAUUAAAGUUCUCGAUUGCUUUCUAUAUUAUAAUUAUUCUAGAUUGAUAUAAAUCCAUAAUGGCAGUAUUUGUGUUACCAAAAUUUCUUCCUACCCUCCUGUGUUUGCUGAACUAUAUUUAAAGCCAGUCCUUGUUUUUAUAAUGUUUAUGAAUAAUGUAUUGCAGCGCAUGUUCCUCUAUAACUAAUGUAAUGAAUCUCCGUAGACUCUUACCUUCUUCCUAUUCGUACUUCUCAUCGUUAUUUUAUUUCUAGUGAUUGUUUAAAACAGGAAUGGAAUGUGCCAAAAUGUUGAUAAUUGUGAAUUAUUAGAUGUAUUGGGUUCGUCGUAUACAUGGUAUUUGAAUGUUUAGCACAAUGUGAACACCAAACGAUAUGUUUAGAUUUAAUAGGUGUAUCUUAUGUAUUAAGAGAGUGCCGACGAUGUGGUUCGAGACCUUUCUGUCAGACGUAACGUGCGUGACGUUGUUGGAGAUGCGGCGCCGCAUCACAUGUACGUCAUUUAUAUUUUAUAUAUGUAGAUGUCAAAUUCUUAAACGUAUAAUACUAAUACAUUUUGUAUCAUAGCUUAAAUGGAAUCGUGUAAAUUCGAUGUCAAUUUUAGAGAUCCGUUUAGAUCGGAUGUGUUUUGUAUGGAUUGAUAUUUGCUAAAACGAUUUUUGCAACAACUUUGUAGUGAACUCGUAAGAAAUGAAAUUUUUAUGAAAUGUUUGAUGUUGAAGUGUUAAUCUCAAUGUUUAGUUGUAACGACCUUCCGUUCCUCUUCUGUCUCAUCUGCUAGUGAGUGUUUCUCUUUCUCUUGUUUCGUAUCUUAAACCAGAUUUAUAAAACAUCGUUAUUGUUGUAAAGUGUUGUGAUAUGUCGGAGGGGCGGGCGAGUCGCGGGUCUAAUGAUAUAUUAUAUUGUUAACGAAGAGUUUAACUGGUUAGUUUAGUUAUAUUAGAGUAGUGAAAUGUAUUUUUGUACCGUCUCGGAAAUGUUGGUCAAUUGGACAAUUGUUUGUAAAAGAUAUUUACGAAGGUAUCAAAUUUAAUUUGUAUAAUUGAAUAGUGGAGAAUACUGAUCCGUCCAUCUCGGAGUUCGAACUAGUUUAUUAAGGAGCUAUCCCCUUAGCUAGACCCCUUCCCCAUCCACGCAGCCUAGUACAGUAGACGCGACCGUCACACGGAGGACAGCUAGGUGACCUUAGAAGAAUCUAUAGAAUCUUUUCUCUUCUAAACCUUUUCUUAAAUCUAUUUGCACUUUCUCCCAUUUCCUAUAGAAACCCGCGACCCCCGCACCUCUUUAAAAAUUACAUAAUGUAUACUGGUAUACAUGGGCGACGGGACACUCGUGACCAGUCAGGUUUUAUAUAAUAGUAUAUACUAACGUAUGAACGAACAUACUGACUGUGUCCAGUGAGAGCUGCUUCGUAGUUCAUGUACUUUGACUUUGACUGGUCGCUUUUGUUUCCGUCACUUCGUUUCAUAAGUUUCCGUAUUUACGUCCAUUUUCGAUACAAGUACGUGUCACGUCUCGGUGCCAAUAAUUUAAUAGAUCAUAAUAUAUAUAUAUAUAUAUAUACAUUUUAUUAAUAUACAUUAUUAUUUAAUUUGAUAUUUGAUGUACAGAAACCAUAUUAUAUUCAUCGCAAUGUGUUAACUAUAACUCCUAUACCGAAUAAAUAAACAUAA